GGUGGAUCAGUAAGGAAAAAACGUGUGGUGAGAGAAAUAGAGAAUUGAAAAGAAAUAUUUUUCCAAAAAGCAUUACCGUAUUUCACUUGUUCUUCAUUUUCGGUAACCCAAAAUCGUCCCGAUUAUUCACCGAAACACAAACCGAUUUCAUAUCUUUGAAGUUCGUUGAGUCCAGGUCACAAAUAUCCAAGGUUCAUUUCAUUCCGGCGUCGUUUCACCGAUCAAAAGCGACGUUGAAGUCAGGUACUCACGAAGGCAGCCAGCACUGCGUCGGUGACGGUUUCCAGCUUUCGGUCGAUCAUUUGGACGGUCAUAAGUUCAUCCUCUUCACACAAGGAAACAUGGAUUUUGGACGGAGAAGUGUGAAAAAGUACAAUCUCAUCAAUCCAAAAAUAGAUGAACUAAAGAAACUGGUUUCUUCGAUCGCAGAUCUUAUUGGUUUCAGAGACAGAUAUGGGGCACUUAUAUCUUUAUUGACACUUAGGAUGGAAGAAGGGUUAUUGCAGACAUUAGUACAGUUCUAUGAUCCAGUCUAUCACUGUUUCACAUUCCCAGACUAUCAACUCAUGCCUACAUUGGAAGAGUAUGCCCAAUUGCUUCACAUCCCAGUUGCUGAUACAGUACCUUUCUCUGGUUCAGAAAAGUUACCCGAGCACAGUUCUCUUGCAAAAGUGUUGUACAUGAAGAAGUCAGAAUUCAAGAAUAACUUCACCACCAAAGGAGGAUUUCCAGGUUUCACUGCCAAGUUCUUAAUGGGGAAGGUUUCUUAUUUUGCCAGUCAAGGUUGUGAUAUUAUUGUGGAGCAUCUGUUCGCCUUGUUGAUCUACGGUUUGUUACUAUUUCCUAAUAUUGAAGGUUUUGUGGAUUCAUAUGCUAUACGCAUCUUCCUAAGUGGUAAUCCUGUUCCAACUUUUCUCGGAGACACCUAUCAUUCCAUCCAUUACCGUACUUUGAAAGGAGAAGGAACCAUAGUCUGCUGUAUACCGUUACUCUACAAAUGGUUUGUCUCUCAUCUUCCUAAGUCAGCUACUUUUUGGGAUCGCAAGUCAGGACUUCAGUGGUCACAGAGGAUUAUGUCUCUUACCCAGUCAGAUAUUGCAUGGUAUAGUAGAGUUUUAGACGAUGUGAAGAUCAUUGAUAGUUGCGGGGAGUUCCCCAAUGUGCCCCUCAUGGGCACAAAGGGAAUCAUUUCUUAUAAUCCAGUACUUGCUAGGAGACAACUCGGUUACCCUAUGAAGGACAAGCCUCCUAACAUUCUUUUAGAAGGUAUUUUCUUGAGGGAUAACAAGGAGGACCCUACUAUGAAAGAGAGAGUAGUAAGAGCUUGGCAUCGUGUUUUUCGCAAAGGGAGACUUGAAUUGGGUAAGAAAGAUUGUACCUCCUAUGAGCCGUACCUCCAGUGGAUCAGAGCCAGAGCUAUACAGUUGAAAAUGCCAUACCCACAUCAUGAUCCUAUCAAACCCGCUCCGUUGAAGACCCCCUACCUUCCGCUAGAUGACAAAGAAGAACUCCAAGCCACCUUGGAGAGGGUCAAGAAAGAGAAAGACGCUUGGAAGGAUAAGGCCCAGGUGCUCGAAAUGGAAAAUGAAGAACUUCAGAGACAGUUAAAGGAGCAGAGUGAAGAAGAUCGUGCAGGUAAACAUCCAAGGGUGCAAGAGGAUUUAUUUUCCUCAGGCACAACAGAUUACUCCCAGAUUCCACAGUCCUCAGGUGCAUGGAAAGGUCUUGUAGACAGUUUGGUGAAGGAGAAAGCUUUUAUGCAGAAGGCCUAUGAAGAAAGAAUUGAGAGACUUGAAGGACAACUCCUACUUUUUUAUGCUCGUCCUGAUGACACAUGUCCUUAAAUGGUUUUCUUGGUUGUAUUUUGGGUUGAUAACUUUGUAUAUUUUGAUAAAAAUGCUUAAAAUGAAAAAUUUUGUUUUGUUAUCAAAAAUGUUUGCAAUUCUAUCUUUUCCUUCACUUAGAGUUCCUUGGAAAAUCAUUCAUUUUGCAUAUCCAUGCAUCACGUGCAUACAGGUUGUCUGUCUUGGUCCAGUCUUCUAACAGUUGCUUCCCGCCAGCAGAUCCAUUUCAAGCUGACGCAUAAUUACAACACAAGAGCCAACUACAAAAGAAGAAUGGAGAUAACAGAUAACGAGAACCGAGAAUUGAAAGCUCAGGUUGACCGCCUUUCUGCUAUGGUCGAGACAUUGAUAGCAAACCAAGCAGCCCAAGCUGCUCAACUUCAAACAGCACAAGCUCAGGUUGCCGAAGCACAAGAUGCACAGAUCCAGGCGCAAGCACAGGCAGCAGAGAUGCGCAACCAAAUGUUAACCGCCCGUCUACAAGCAGAGGAAGCCCAGGCUAGGGCUCAAGUUCAUAAUUCAGGACAGACUUCGGCACAGAAUCAACCUCAAAUUCAGAAUCAGACAACAGCAGCACCCGUCACUACAGUCAUCGCUUCAGAAAUCAACGUUGUCCCAGUCACUUCUGUUACCAUCACAGCAUCCCGUCCUUGGGAAAUACCCAGGGAUCUUAAUCAAGAUAGAUAUCAACAAGAGUUCGUUCCACCAAAUGCUCCUGUCUUCACUAAUGUGCCUCCCGUUGUUCACUAUACUCCUCACCUAGGAGAACCUGUCUAUCACGGCCCUACCCCAAGUGAGGAUCCUGGUCUCAAUGAUAGAAUGGAUGAAUUCCAGGAUCAGUUUGCGGAAUUACAAAAAGAGAUAAAAGCUCUUCGAGGGAAAGACAGAAUGGCGACUGGAGUAGUUAUGAAGAACUGGACCGCAGUUGACAUCCCACAUUGUGUCCACAUAUCAAAGUAAUUAAGCUUUUCAGUUUUCAAAAACCUUCCGCUUUAGCCCAAAGCGCGAAGCAUUAAUUUUGUAAAAUGGGCACUUUUGUCAAAAACGUA